CAUGUUUUAAGUUUUGGAGGUUUGGCUCGGAAUUUUUGCCCCUGCUCUAUACUGCUGCGUACUAGUGACAGCAACAACCGCUAGAACAACAACAACAACAACUACUACUACUACCACCACUACCACCACCACUGCUAGUGGUGAUUUUGGUCUCUUUGUGUUUUUUUCUUGUUCGGGUCAUGUUUUGUUCGGGAGGCGCCCAGAAAUUGCCGACCCUUGGAACUGAAAGACACGUAUGGUGAUUUCCUGAGAAACAAGCGAACCUUCCUUUCCAGUUGCAGGAGGUUUAGCUUCGUUAGCAUGUAACAUGGUCCUGUGAGACCGGCAAACACCAAAACAAAGCACCAAUACCAUAGACAGUUUUCCUGUUGGGGUCUCAGUUUUGGUGUAUCCCCCAAAGCUACCUUAACAGAAACUGUUGUUGCACUUGGUCAAACACAUGUAAUCAAUGCAACUGGACCAAUUUAGAGAGGGGCUGGACUAUUUAAGGGGGUAUGUUGCCAUUGGGGGAACAUGAUUCCUCUUCACAGUCUUGGCAUCAGAUUUCUAAAGAGUGGGCCAUUGAAUCACUUAGUGAGCAUGCUGGGCGUCUUAAGAAGGAUCCAGAGACAUUCGUACCGUAUCAGUUCGAGGAUGAUGGAUCCGCUGUCAGCUCUAGCAAAAACCACCACUGUGAGGAUUUGCUUUUCGAUCACUUGCUGGACGAGGCUCACUCCUAUCAGUUGAUUCUCAAGCACCCGCUGACAGAGAAGCUCAUUCUUUGGCUGUACAACGGAGGAGGCUCGAGCGCAGUGAGCUCCCAGCAGGUAGCUGAAGAGCUCUUCCAGGUCAGCUUCAUCCCCCAAGGUGGGUUCCUUUGUCAGGACGAGGCCUCCACCUCUCCGUGGGAUGGCGGGUUGGAUCCUAAGCUCUUGGGCAAAGUACCAAGAACGGAGGAUUCCUUAUUCUUGGCCCGCAAGGUAUUGCUGCGCCAUUUCUUGCCACCCAGCCGUUUGAAGGGGACCACACCUGAGGACUACCCUGGCUUCGUGCAUGAAAUGGCCAGGCUUUGGCCACUGGGAUCUUGGAAGCAAUGCCGCGACCAAGAGAUGAUUCGGGAGGCCUUCAAGUUCCUGGCAAGGUGUUGGAAAGCCCUGGCUUCUUUGCCUGGCCUGGGAGAUCUCCAGGGCUGUUCCUGUAUCCAGAGGACCGAGCAUGAGGGCGUUUUGCUGGUGGGUGCUGGUAGCCGUCGCCGAGCUGAGGAGCUCCUCCUGCAAAUGUUUAGUGACCUGGAGGUUUGGAGGCUGCCGCCGGCGGAUCUCCUGACCCCCUGGGUCCCCGGCCAGGUGUUGGCAGCCCAUGUCACGGCACAGUGCAAAGAGCUUGAGGACAGAUUGGUGAGUCUGGUGGAUGAGACCCGGGAGAAUCUGGAGGAGCUCUCACGACUCACCUCGGUGAUGUCCGGAGGGCAGCCCACAUCUAUGUGGCAAAGGUUGGAAGCCACCGACCAGAGGUCCACACAGUUUAUGCAGAAACAAGCCGAGUUGAACAAUACCCUUCGACAACUACAGUGAGCGGUGCUCGCUCCAAUCCUGAGUAGUUGACCUGAGUCGCACAUCGGUUCGUUGCA